GGCAGCGUCACCUCACUGCCACCAGCCAGCUGGAGAGGUGCUUCCAAAGGCCCCUCAAGGCCACUCCUCUAAUUCCCUCCUCAGAGCCGUCCCCGGACUUGGGGAUGGAUUUCGGGGAUACCAAAGGGCUCCCCAUGGAUCUGCCUUGUUACCACGGCCCUCUGUCCAAGAAAGACUGUGAGACUUUGCUGCUCAAGGAUGGGGUGGAUGGCAACUUCCUGAUAAGGGACAGCGAGUCCAUGCCGGGAGUGCUGUGCCUCUGUGUCUCGUUUAAAAAUUUCGUCUACACAUACCGAAUCUUCAAAGAGAGACAUGGGUUUUACGACAUACAGACCGUGGAAGGCGCUCCCAAGAAGAUCUUUCCAGACCUAAAGGAAUUGAUCUCCGCAUUUGAGAAACCAAAUCAAGGGCUGGUGGUCCACCUUGUACGGCCCAUAAAGAAAACCAGCUCCCGCCUGAGAUGGAGACGGUCACAGAUAAAGUUGGAUAAUAUUUACGAGAACAGUAACAGUGAAUAUGUGGAGGUCUUGCCUUGAAGACAAGGAGACUGAACAAAGCAAUUCGAGAAGACGUCAGGUAUCAGCUCUCACCGGUGACCCUGCUUCUCCUGCAGAUGUGGACCUGGAAUGCUGAGCUGUAAGUGAGCUAUUCAGACUCUCCUGGACUGGGCGACUGAAGAUGUUCUGUCCACCAGCCUCAGAGAACUCGCUCCCCAUGUCCCCACCUCCCAUGCAUCCACCACGAGCAGCUUUGAAACCCCUUUCCCCCUGAGCACUCUUCUUUCUUGGAAUAGGACAGCCUGAACCUAUUCUCCCUGACUUAUCAAAGAUACCACUACAUCAUGGGUGACACCCUCCUUUAGACCAGGCAAUCGGAAGCACAGCUUCAUACAGAAGAGAACACACUUGGCCGUGAGCUAGGAGCCUGAGUUCCAGCCCUGUGGCUACGUGACUUCGGAUAAACCUCUUCCCCAGGCUGGCUCUCCAUUUCUUCAUCUGUAAAACAAACACUGCCCCUGCCCCUGUGCUGAGCCCAGCUGUAUCUGGUGGAGUUGAGGGGUCCUGGGGUGAUGAAGAUGUACGUGGAAUUGGCAUGGGUCUCCAUCCUCCCAAACAGCCAACAUGGUCUCUGCACCUGCCUGUCCUGGGCUUGGUCAUGAUGGGGGCCCUGACCCCUCCCACACCCUUCUCCCUCUUCAUUCUAGCUCUCCUCUUUCUUACUAAUCUUGAUAUUCCUGUCAAACACAUCCAUGGAUGCAUUAUCUCCCUGGUUUUGCCCAAUUUCACUAAUGCACGAACCACUUCAGCAGCAUGGAUGUAGCUGUGUACCACACUGAUAGGUGUGGGGAUUUUAAAGGUACCCUCCUUCGUGUGGUUCCUGUUCCCGCUGGAUUCUAAGUGCCCCCCCAAAGCACACUUGGGUCUCCCUCCUAUUCCCCAGCAUGGAAAUGUGUGCUGUGUAGAGUUGUGCCCGUUCAUAGAACUUUCUGACCGGAAGCACAUUCCUGAAGGGUUUGUUGAAUUGGUUCUAAGUCCUUUGAAUUUUUCUGCUGGUUCGACAUUCUAACUAAGACCUGAUUAGUGUGGAAUGUGCCAAUUCUAUGCCCAUCCUCUUACCUAUCUUCAAGCCAUAGUGAUUCAUUUUACCCUACUGGUCUUAUCUUUCAAAGUUAUUCAAGAGAGGAGCUCGAGAUUUCCGGAUGACAGGAACAGACAGUGUGGUUGGAGUCCCAAAGUGUAAGCCAUUCUGAGUUUCUGGCUCAUAGAAAUCCAGAGCUAUUACCAAGUAGGUAAGAAGUGAAAUGCAGUCACCAUAUUCAGAGAGCUGAGGGCACCUGAAGCAAGCCUGCUUCUUGGGGUUCAGUCCCUAGUCUUUGAUUCUAUAUCCAAAGAAGCAUGUGUCAGUUGCCAGAGUCCCGAGCAAUCUUUGGCACAGAAAACAUAUUCAGGGCCAAUGAAAAUAUAUUUAUUUCUUGAACAAAUGACUGAAUAAGUCAGUAGAUAAAAUGUAGCCACUCGUUCCAGAUAGCAGAGAUUUGUUUGAGCUUCAUUCAUUUCAGAACCUAGUAGAACAAGACUGUUAGUUCAAGACCUUGCAGUCGUAAUUCUCGUAGAAGUGAUUUCCUUUUUCUGAGUACCCGUGCAUAGCACUUUACAUGAUGCUUGGUCCCCCGUGGGAUUUCACCACAUUUCUCAACCAAGCAAGCCACACUGAGUAGCCGAUGUGGAUGCCAUGCUAUAAUUUGCUGAAAUUUUUUUAGAAGACCUUGAACAGGUCACGUGAAGGACAGUUGCAAGAUCCGGGUAGGUGGGACAGGAAGCAGUGUGGGGGGGGGAGGGGAAGACCUGAGAAACAAUAAUGGCAGGUGUAUUAAGUGUUUGGGGUGCCAUUCUGUGACAGAGGAUACAACGCCUGCCAGCAGAACUCACACCAGUGCUGGCUCUCUAUAGGAGGGCAGUUUUAGCCGUAUGGCAAAAAGAACUCUGAACCCACUAGAACAAUCUUACACUAAGAGCCUGCCCUGUGUUGUAGUUUAGGUGGAGGGUGAUAUUUUCCAAGGAUAUGGGAGAGAUGCGUCCUGCCCCGAGAAGAAAUUAGACUGCCUGAAUGCUAAGGUACCUUCCAGUUCAAGGAUGGUUGGAUCCUAUGGUCAUCUCUUAACAGUUUAGUGGGAAUCUCUCUCCCUCUCUUUCUUUUUUGGACUUCCAUAUGGACUGGUGUUAAUCACAUCCCUUAAUUCUUAACUCAUUAUCACCAUUAAUCCAUGUAAGACCUUUCUUCUGUUUUAUUUCAUUGUUAUCCUCUUUGCACCGCAUUCCAAUGAUCACACCCUUCCCCAUGGGAAAUUGCUCAAUACUAUUUGAUAUAUACCUUUGAUAUGUAUGCACCCUUGUAGAAGGUACAGCAUUGGUUGUGAAUACAGGUCUUUUAUAUUUACAUACACAAUAUUCUAUUGUUCCAAUUAUGUUAUUACCUUUCUCACUGAACACCAUGUUUGGUUCUAGUCUAUAUUGUUGAGUGUAAUUCAGUCUCUUUUUUUUUAAGUUUGUUUAUUUUGAGAGAGAGAGAGAGAGAGUGUGUGUGUGUAUGUGAGCAGGGGAAGGGCACUUGUGAGUGAGAGGGAGAGAGAGAAUCCCAAGCAGGCUCCACACUGUCAGCUUGGAGCCUGAUGCAGGGCUCGAACUCACGAACCCAGAGAUCAUGACCUGCACUGAAAUCAAGAGUUCAACAUUCAACCGACUGAGCCAGCUGGGCGCCCCAGAGUGUAAUUCAGCACCUUAAAUGGUGCAUGGUAUUCCGUAGUGUGCUCUCACCAGCUUAUCCUUUCCUCUAGAGAUAGACAUCUAGGUUGGUUCCAGCACAACGGUCUGUGGAGCAAGCUUGAACGAGUCCCCUUAUGGAAGUGUAAGAGAGUUUCUCUGAACUGUAUGAUCCUAAGAUAUGCUCAGGUUUAAUUAUGAUGCAGUCAAACCCAUCAGUUGCCUUUUGAUUCUUCUGUAAUAAGCUCUUUACUCCGAGAUCAUGAAAAAAAGUUAUCCUGCAUUUUCUUUCACUUGCUUUUAUACCUUUACCCUCUGCGGGUAAGGUUUCAGUGAUGGCAAGGUCUCUUGUACUCCUCACUGACACUUUCCCAGUAAUGAGAAAAGCCCUUCACACAUAGUUGAUGUUCAAUAAAUAUUUCUCAAAUGAAGGAUGAAUCCAGGGUGAACCUCUGUCCAUGGUAAGAGGUAUUUCCAACUUUGUAUUUCUCCAUAUAGAUUGGAGUAGUUUUCCCAUUUCAACCUGCUUAAUAGUUAAUGUCCCCUCUGAUUUACGGUUCCUCCUUUAUCCACAAUGGUUCCAAUGUUCCAAUCUUGUUGUCUGGUAGGAUAGGUGCCCUUUUAUUUUUCAAACCGACCGAGUUAUCUGUGGACCUUGGUUCCUCCAUAUACAUUUAAGGAUAAAUAUGUUACAUUGCUCAAAACAUCUUGAUGGGAUUUUGAGUGAAUUUGCAAAGAGUUUGUAAUUAGGGAAAACAGACAUUCUUGUAAUGCUGUCCCGUGCAUAAACAUGCUAUGUCAAUUUACUCAGGUCAUUUUUUUUUUUUUUUAAUUUAAGUAGGCUUCAUGCCCAGCGCAGAGCCCAAUGUGGGGCUUGAGCUCAUGACCCUGGGAUCAUGACCUGAGCUGAGAUCAAGAGUUGGACACUUCACUAUAUGCCAACUUGGAUGUAAAUUUAAAAAAUAAAUAAAAUGGUAAAAAAAAAAAAGUUGGACAUUUAACUAACCAAGCCACCCAGGUGCCCUGUCUUUUUUGUUCUUUAAUGGAAUCACAAAUUUUCACUAGAGAAGUCUUGUAUAUUCUGUUAGAUUAAUUCCAAAUUGUUUUUAGUUGUUACAGAUUCUGUCUUAUGUUUUAUUACAUUUCUAGCAGCCUAUGGCAGUGGAAAAAUGUUUACUCUCUUGUGUGGAUCUACUGGUUUACCCGUUGAUCCUACUGUAAAUCAAAUUGUAAAUUCUAUGUAAAUUAUUUUGUCGGCUGUAAAUAACACCACUUUGUUCUGUUUCCGCA